AUGCCAUCCGGAUCAGUCAGUAGCAGCACUCCUUCGACAGCAACGAUUCAUCAGCAACGUAAGGCGCGUCGUAAAUGGACGUCUGCAUUCCGUGUAAUGCAAUCGUUGCAUCGUUUGAAACACCCGCCCAUGCAUCACCACCAGCAUCACGCACACCAUGAGGUCGGUUGCUCUUGCUUGGCCACUUCUGAUUUCAGCUUUUCAAUCUCUUCUAACGCUUGUGUGCUAUCUCAAAAUUGA